GAGGAUUUGAAACAAUUUAAUUUCAAUUUCGAUUCGAAAUUUGGAAGCGACUACUCCAUGUCAGCGUGAAGCUCUUGCCAGGCUCGGCAGGACCCUGCAACUGGAGCAAGAGGCUUUCCUUUCACAGAAUCCCAAGAUAAGGUUGUUGUUGGAGACAUAUUUUGGCAAUUUGGUAACCGCCGGGAAAGCAAGGGAGAACCUCAAGGACGCCGCAGCAAAGAUGAUCGAGAUUUGUGACGAAAUCGACCGGCACCCCGAACCUGGCUCUCAAAAUUUACAUGAAAAGCCUGUGUUUACCUAUGAAGAUAAAGACCUUGAAAUGGACUUGAAGAAUAUACACGCAAAACACUCUCCUUCUCUUUGGGAUGUUACUAGCUCAAUGAGGCCUACUCCCAACACGUUAUCUUCUUCAUUCAUUUCCAUAGUGACUUCAGAGACUACAUUGCCUACACCAGAGCCUAUUCCGACUCCGGAGCCAACGCUGUCCGAAGUGAUGCUCCAGCUGGUAUCGAACACGGUGGACAAGGCCGUCUACAGCCAGGUGAACGAGUCGGCGCUCCGCUACGACACCGCCUACGUCGAACUGUCUAGGGCCGUCGAAGAGGCGAUGGAGAUUCCUGUCAUUGAAAUCCGAGCAGACAUCGCGGAACUGUUUUACUGCGCUUACCGAAUGUUUGAACUGAAUAUUAUAGAAAAGGAACGGAUUGCUGCCGAAUUAGCCUGGGAGAGAAGGAUGAGAAAGAAAUUGAAGAGGACGUUACGUCGCUUAAACAAUUUUAAAGGUUACGAGACCCCGCCAACCCCCAAGAGCCAAAUUUCUUCACACCCCAGCUACAAGAUUCCACCGCCACGCCCGUGCGUGUGCCACCCACAGUACCAUUACAACAGGUACCCGAAGGAUCGAUUCGGCAUCUACCUUCCGCGAGAUAUAGAAUUCAGCAAGGAAAGCGUGACCGUACCGACGGCGUUCGCCGAUGACGAAUCGAAGAGUAAUGAAUCGGACAGUGCUACGCCAGCUUAAACACACAGCCAUGUACCCCAUCAAUGGUAUAGUCACGGACUUUAAUUGUUGAUCCACUACUAGCUCAUUUUAUACUGGACACGUCAUAGCCACAGUAUAAGGGCGACUCAGUAGUUAAUCUCCGGCAGCGGCGACGCGAUCGGUAUUUGGCUCUCUCGCAUGAUGCUGGUCGCGUCAGUACGGGCCGCGCUGCGUGGCGCUGCCAAGGUCGCGCGCGCGGCGCAUACUGACGCGACCGGCAUCAUCCGGUUCCGCAUGUACUCUCUGCACCUCGCUGCUUUGGGGCCGCGUGCGAGCGCUACUCAAGGACAAAUCGCGCGGCGCAAAAUUUGUUAGAAGAAUUAUUACUGGUCAUAGCUUAACUAUGCUUAACUAUGAAAAGUUCAGUAUUAAAUGAGCUAGAAGUGGAUCAACAAUUAUUAAAGUCCGUGACCGUACCCAUUAACUUAUACAUAGAGUAUGUCGCUUCACUGGCACGACUGGAAUGAACAAAACUUUGGUCAUGAGUCAUGAGCCAUCAUAUUACUUAAUCGUUACUGUAAUACAUAGAAAAUCUCACUCGUUCGUUCUAUUUGUACCAGUUCUACAAUGUGCGCCAUUUUGAUACAUUUUUAGUGCUAGUCAAUAUAUGUAUGUAGGUAUAAUCAAUAAAUAGUUGUUUGAAAUUAAUUUCAGUGUCUUUCUGUAUAUAUUUAAUAUUUCAUGAAU